CAGCAGAGCCCAGCGAGUCCUGCCACCAGUCACUUGUCACAAAAUCAACAUCUUCAAGAAUGCCACUGCAAAAGCUUCACUGUUGGGCGCAGUGGGAACCUCUUGACACACGGUACAGCCCAUCACGAGUCAAGAAGGUGUUUCAUGGAGCCUUUGAGCACUAACAUCACUGCUCUCUGUGUCACCAUUUGAGAGCAAACAAGCUGGACACAGCCAUGGGGGACUCUCCAGCAAAUGUCCUGGAUGGAAGCAUGGACACACAGACUGAGCUGGUGGAGAGGGUGGCAGCCAUAGAUGUGUCUGUUGUCCCAGACAGAAGUGACCAAAAUGGUGAAGACAACCCUGAAGAAAACGACACAGUCUUUUCUGAUAACAUAAAGGACAUCCAGAGAAACGGAGUCAGCAGUGACGUGGGAAUCAAUGAAUUUCUGCCUUCCCAACAGUCAGAAGAUGCUCACUUGAGGCACGUUCCCAAGAGACCUCUAACCAGACCUGGUCUGUCCAGUAGGAAGCUGUCCCUUCAGGAAAGAUCCUCGGGAGGUUAUUUGGCUUCCAGCAGCACUGCAGGCUGUGGUCCCUAUGCCACAGGGCCAUCCCCACGGAUAAUGAGGAGACCAACGAUCGAGUCACACCGCGUCUCCAUAUCAGACGCUGAGGACUGUGUGCAAUUAAACCAGUACAAGCUGCAGAGUGAAAUAGGCAAGGGCUCCUACGGCGUGGUGAAGCUGGCCUACAACGAGAAUGAUGACAAAUACUAUGCUAUGAAAGUCCUCUCCAAAAAGAAGCUCUUGAAGCAGUAUGGAUUUCCACGUCGGCCUCCUCCCAGAGGGUCCAAAGCAUCCUCAGGAGAGCAGCCCAAGCCCAUGGCACCCCUGGACAGAGUCUAUCAGGAAAUAGCCAUCCUCAAGAAGCUGGACCACGUCAAUAUUGUUAAGCUGAUAGAGGUCCUUGAUGAUCCUGCAGAGGACAACUUGUAUAUGGUGUUUGACCUCAUGAGGAAAGGGCCCGUGAUGGAGGUGCCCAGUGAGCAGCCCUUCAGCGAGGAGCAGGCUCGGCUCUACUUCCGAGACAUCGUCCUGGGCAUCGAGUACUUGCACUACCAGAAGAUCAUCCACAGGGACAUCAAGCCUUCCAACUUGCUCUUAGGAGAUGAUGGCCACGUGAAGAUUGCUGAUUUUGGUGUCAGCAAUCAGUUUGAAGGGAAUGAUGCCCAGCUCUCCAGCACAGCAGGGACUCCAGCCUUCAUGGCCCCUGAGGCCAUCUCACAGACUGGCAAAAGCUUCAGUGGAAAGGCCCUGGAUGUGUGGGCCAUGGGAAUCACCCUGUACUGCUUUGUUUAUGGCAAGUGCCCUUUUAUAGAUGAAUAUAUUCUGGGUCUUCAUAAUAGGAUCAAGACCAAGCCUGUGGAGUUCCCAGAAGAGGCACAGAUAAGUGACGAGCUCAAGGAGCUGAUCCUGCGCAUGCUGGAUAAAAAUCCAGAAACCAGGAUAACAGUCCCUGAAAUUAAGGUGCACCCCUGGCUGAGCCGGGGCGGCGCCGAGCCGCUGCCGCUGGAGGAGGAGCACUGCUCCGUGGUGGAGGUCACCGAGGAGGAGGUCAAGAACUCCGUGAAGACCAUCCCCAGCCUGCCAGCUGUGAUCCUGGUGAAGGCCAUGCUGAGGAAACGCUCCUUUGGGAACCCCUUUGAGGUCCAGACAAGGAGGGAGGAGAGAUCCAUGUCUGCUCCAGGGAACCUGCUGAUAACGCAGGGCAGCAGAGAAGCCGCCCGGGACCCGGAGCUGCCCGACGUGAGCGAGGACGAGCCCGCGGCCUGAGGGCGCGGCUGCUGCCGGGGCCGCCAUCACCCUCACCGCCCUCACCGCCCUCACGGCCCAGCCCGGGGCCUGCCCAGCAGAGCGGAGAGCCUGGCAGGAGCAGCCCGAGCCCAGCAGGAGCCGAGGGAGCCGGGAAUGCCCGGCGGGAGGAGCCGGGCAGUGGCGGCAGCCCCGGCCGAGGUGCCCGCGGCUCCUCCGUGCGUGCCUUGUGCUUCACCCGAGCAGCCGGGCUGGGCUCCCCUCAAGGGGCCUUUCCCCCACAGAGACUUUGUCCUUGUGUUGUUGCAUUAUCUACAUCAAGCAUCAGGGGAAAAAAUCCUAGUAUUGUACGGGAGGGCAACUGUUUUGUUUUAUUUUAUUUUGUGUACAUCAGGAGUGCUGCUGCUGGUGUGGAGAUGAAGACAAAAUGUCUUUGGGUAUCAGUGAAAUGAGGACGAGAUGCUGCUGUUGGAGUGAACAUCAUCCCUCCCUGUGUCUUUCUUUCUCUUUCUUCCCUUUUCCUUUUUCCCUUAUCCAUUGAUUGCUUCUAAACUUGGGGUUAGAAGCUUCAUCUCAAUAAUUCGACAACUGGUAAGAGAUUACACUUAAAAAGGUAAAUACAAAAAGGGAAGAAAGAGAAAGACACAGGGAGGGAUGAUCCCUGAGUUUUGCACAGUGUCAGUCCUGCCCCAGCCGUGGCUUUAGUCAGGCAGAGCAAAGCAGAGGAGUGCCAGGAGAUUCCCUGGGUGUGGGUGAGCCCUGGGUGGCACAGAGCCCUGAGCAUGGGGAUAUGCUGGCACACAGAACAGCUUUGUGCUCCAGGGACUGCUGCCAGGGCUGCUCUGCCAAAGAGCUGGCAAUGCUCCCACUCCUGCACCCACUCCUGCACCCAUGGACCAUGGUCUGCAGCUGAAAAGAGUGGCAGGUUUGGGUUUUAUUUUAUUUCAUUUCCAUCUCUUCACUUAAUCUCUUGUGUACCUGAUGCUUUUAAAUUUCCUGAAAAUGACCCAAACUGGCAGAAGUUCCUAGGAUGGAAUGUUGGUGGAGGGUUUUUAGGAAGAUACAGAGCACAAGUUCACAACUUGAUUUUUAAAUUUUUUUUAAAGGCUUUAAUUUUUAAUUUUAAGACUCUGAUUUUUAUGCAUGUACUGAUGCAGCUGUUUUAUCCAUAGAUUGCUUCUAAACUUGGGGUUAGAAGCUUCAUCUCAAUAGUUUGACAACUGGUAAGAGAUUACACUUAAAAAGAUAAACACAAAAAGGCAAAUGCAGUCAUUUUUGUGGCUGUUGAUGUACAGACUGUGUGGAUAAUCAGGAAUUUCACUCUUCCAUUCAGAGAGUAAAGACCAGUGACAUCCAUCUGUCAAAAUACAUGUCAUUAUUUUCCCUUGAGCCUUACGGGGCCUGAACGUGCCCCUGGGAAGCCAGUGGGAUUGCAAUCUUAUUUUAUAGUACUUAAAGAGAGGGCAUGAUUAAAUUUGGUUCCUACAUAAUCACCUUAGUGUCUGUUUUUAGGUUAAUCCUGAGGACUUGGGACAUUGUUCCCUCAUUUUUUGUGCAGGGGGACACAUGUGUGAGGGUUGUUGGUAGUGGCUGGUGUAUCCUGGUGCUCCUGUUCUGUUUGCUGCAAUCUCAUUUGAUGCUUCCCAACAGUUUCUAGCUGGGCUUUGCUGCUGGUGCCUUCUGUCUGUCCCCAGCCUGUCACCUCCCCUCACUCAGCAUGCCAGUGUGAUGCCCAGCACUCCCCAGCCUGGGCUCUUCCUUGGAAAUAUUGGCAAAAUGGGAAAGAAAAUUGCAGCUUUUUUAAAAUGGAGACCUUUAAUGCUGAAAGCUGCUGUUGGAUCCUGUCAGGGUUGCUGCUGUGGGGCUGAGCUCUGCAUUGCUUCUUCCAGUGCUAAAUCCUGCCUGGUUUUUGGUAUCUGCACCAGCUGUGAGCUCAGCAUCCCCUGAGGAGCCUGCUCCUGCACCUGGAGGGUGCCCUGAUCCUUCCCCCAGCCUGGGACAAGGGACUUGCUGCUUGUCAUGAAGAUUUAGGUACCCAGAGGUAGGGAGUGAAAAGUCUGAGAGCUUUUUCAUCUCAUUUCAUGCAGCAUUUCAGGGCUGCAGGGGAUUCUGCAGAUGGGAAAGGUUGUCCAGGUGGAACUGCUGCCUGUGGAAGGGACAAUCUAUGGAUACAAACUGAUCUCUCCUCCAGUUUGUGGAAAAAACUUUCCCUAAGACUGGACCAGGGAGUGGCCUUGGAGCAAAGACACAUCUCAGGAACAUGCCCUGCCCCAGGGAGAAAAGGGACCUCUGGUAAUCCCCAUCCCUGUGGGACUUCUGAAGUCUUAAAUCCUGGGUUGUGCUCUAAGGAGGCAAACAUGAUGUUAGUUAUUGUAUUUUUAAUCUGUGGCAAGAAUAAUUUGCUAACCCAGGCAGCUGGGGUUAUUUUAGUGAUGCCCAAGGCUGUUCUCAGCCUUAAUUAAUGCAACCAAGCAAAUGAUGAGUUACAAAUGAGCUCCAUAUGAUGUUCCUUUAGUGGUACCUAAAUCAUCACUUCAGUUUUGGAGAGGAAUGGAUGUUUUUUAUUAUUAUCUCAAAAUCUACUUUGAAAUAUUUGCCCUUUCAGCUAAAAGAAAUCCUUCUGGAGCUGUUCCCACAUGUCCAAGAACCACCUCCUCCAGCUCUGAGCUCGUGUCACACCUUGUUUCUUCAGCAAAUCUGCCAACAGGCUUUCCUUUAUCCCCCUAAAAACCACCCCUAUGGUGUCACAAACAGCAGCCUGAAAACCUGCAUGAAAUGAGAUGAAAAAUGUGCCCUGGCAGCAGGAGAAACGCUCAGAUAGCAAAACCAGGCUCUUCUCACUCACUGCAAUGAAAUCCCUGCUUGUUUAUGUGCAUGUUAGAGCAGCUCAGGGCAACUGGUUCUGCUCUGAAGAGAGGAAGAGGCUGAAGAGAGGGGAUUUGUUUGAGAAUAAACAUCCCAGGCAAGGCAGCGCUUUCAGCUCUUGAGUAAAAUCAUUCUCUUCAGCUGGAUGGGUAAAUAUUUGUCUGCUCCUCUCUGAUGGAGGGGAUGGGGUUCAGUGUGGCUGUGCAGAGCAGGUGUGGCACACUCGUGCUCUGUGAUAUUCCCCUCCAAAUCCUCUCCUCUGCUGUUCCUGGAGCACUGGGAUGCUCUGGCCUGGGUUAGCUGGGUUUGGAAUCACCAGCAGGGCUCCUCUUUCCCCCAUCACCAUUGCAUCUGCUCAAGUUUUCCAGACUCUUCCAGAAUUAGGAUGAUUUUCUUGAAAGAAAUUUCUCAUUUGGGGGAGCAGCACAUAUCUGUGAUCUCCAGGAGAUGGAUUUCUUUGUCUCGCUCAAUUAAUGGCUCUUGGCCUUUGGUUCUGGGGUAGUGCUAAGUAAAAAUCCUGGUCAGGUCCCUCCUGUCCUGCCCUGGGGAAUGCACAGUCUGUGUCUUUAACCCUUUGGGCAGGAAUGUGCUGCUGCCAGUGUCACACCUGCAGGCAGAUGAGGUUUGCAGCAUCAGGGCUGCUGACUUUGUGUGGGGCUCCAACCAGAGGGAUCUCAACAAGGAACAGUGUAGCUGCUCCAUGCAAAACAAACAGUGGCUCCAUAAAACAACUCCCAGGGUGCAAUUUCAUUCCUUAUGUAUUGCCAGACUUGCAAGGAGGAGCUGCUGGGAGAAAUUUUGUGUUCCUUCAGCACAGCUCUGCCCUGAAGCCCUCACAGAGCUGCCAUGGGGGGGUUUCUCCAUGUGUGGUGUGUGGCUGGGAGAAUGUUUGCUCUCUCCACCUCAGUGCUUUCCCUUCCAUCCCAAAUUGCCCAAAACCCCAGAGCUUUGUCCCAGCCCUGAGAGGCCCAGGCUCCCCCAGGGACAGGGAUCCCAGUGGAUUCCCAAGGCAGGAGGGCUGUGCUGGGGAUGCCACUGAGAGCCUGAGCACCUCUGGGUGCAGCAGGGAGUGGAGGGUUGGUGUGGAAAUGGCGCUGGGAUGAGGUGCCAGAGCUCUCUGCUGGUUUGUAGGGCAGUUUGCUGAGCAGAGCAGUGCAAGGCUUUCCUUUCUGGCCCACAGCCUUCUGUUCGAGUCCCUCCCAAGCUGAAUUAGCCCCCAUUAUGCCAUGACCCUGUUGCUGUGAAUGCAGCCUUCCAUGGGAUGAGGGAAGGAAAGCAGCUCCUCAGUGCCUGCCCUGCUCCUUCCCUUCCUGGAGAAAAGCCAUGUUUGCUCAGAGCUGCUGCUGGCAGAGCGCAGACCCUCCGUCAGUACCCACAAAGCCAUCAAAGCGCUCCCAAAAAACGGUGUAAAUGCAAGAAAACAUGAAUUGCAACCCUUGAGGGUACAAUGCAGAUCCUCUGUGCUGUAAUUUUGCUGCUCUUUCUGAUUUCUAGGCCUGUUCUGUUGGUAUUUCUGUCUCUUGUUGCACUUGAAGCUGAACCUCUGCCCCUGUAUGUGCUCUGCUACGAUUCCAGCAUGAGGUAAAUGCACUCAGUACUGUGACAGCAUGGGGCUGUUGCACUGUAAAUAUGUACCAUGAAGAGAGAGGCUAUUUUUUGCAUGCUUUUGUACUGUAGAACCGAUGAGAAAAUGACAAUAAAUUCCACAGAGAUGA